GUAUCUAACAACUAGAAACCUGACCAUCUUAUCUAUAGUUUUCUUAUCAUUCGCGUUGCGGUAUAUUUCCCUGUGUACAUAUGAAGACCACUACGAGAUUAUAUUCUGCUGUCAGGAAGGUUAAAUUGAAAUGAGUGGCAGUGACCCUUUAACAAAUACCCAACAAUCCGAUCAAGAUUAUUACCAUCCACUCUGUUAUUCAAUUCAAGUGGACGACGAAAAUGAACAAUCAGCUCUCCUGCCCGCAUUUCAUCAAAGGAAAAGUUUGCGAGUUCAGGAUAAAAUCUUUAUUGUAUUUUUAUUUUCAAUUCUAAUUACCGGACUAGCCAUUGGCCUCUAUCUCCUUGCAACUGAGGGACACGAAUGGAAAGCUGCAGGAGUCUAUAAUAUUACAGUUCGGGAACAGUGGCAAGCUCACGUCCCUUCAUCAACAAUGCCAAAGUUGGAACUUCCCGUAAGAAGAGUUUUAUUUCUUCCUGCAAAUACCACUAGCUGCGGCAGCAAAUCCCACUGUGCCAAAGUCCUCCAGGAACUACAAUUACAGCAUAUGCUGCAGUGGAAAGAACCUGACAUCUCCUACAAUUUCAUAAUGACUGCAGAUGGCAGAAUUUUCGAGGGGAGAGGAUGGGACUUUGAAACUUCUGUUCAAAAUUGUACGGUUAAUGAUACUGUGACAGUUGCUUUUUUGGACGAAUUAGAUGCGAAAGCACCGACGUUUAGACAAGCUGAAGCGGCAAAAAUGUUCCUGGAAGUGGCAGUAACAGAGGGAAAAUUAGAACGGUGUUUUAAUACCGCGGUCUGGGGAGGAAAUAAAUUCUUCAUUGAUUUGGCUCGAAAUGUUCAAGACGUCUUAUCGGAAUGCGAGGGAAUUACUUAAUAGUUUUCAGCAUGAUUUAUUUCUACAAAGCUGUGAUAUUUCAUAUUCUCACAAAAAUUAACAUUACUCAUUAAUUAAAAUUGUAAAUAAAAA